AACAUCGUCUUUCCAAGACGCUCCAACUCGUCACCUUUCGUCACCUCCAGUGUACCAGGCAUCACUUCCACUCGUUUUAAUAGUCACUCGUUAAUCAUGUUUGCUGUUCUACGCACCUCAAUUCUUGCUGCGCUCAUGCCCGCGGCCGUUUUCGGUGCAACUCAGAGGCGUGCCAUCGACGGGCCUUUUGAGCUCUGGGCCUAUGGCACCGGAAUUGGAGGGUUUCCUUUGUUCUACUCUCGAGGCCUCGCUUUCGCUGGAAAUGUAAGCCAGUUCAGCGCCAACGACUCCAAUGCGGCGAUAGCCAGCUUUGUCACUGGACCUGAUAACUCAUGGAUCGCAUCACCGGUUAACGCAACUACGAACUGGAAUCGUGCUACGCUUUUUAUCCCUUCUACGGCCAUGGAAAGCAGCCUCGUCGGAUUUCUACCGGAGAACAGCGGUGGGAAUGCAUCGAUAGAAACUACUGGAUUCUCGUUCUACGGCACCACCGCUAUGAAGAUUGAAGCUGAUGGGUCCCUCGCUUCUGGAUUCACAGGUUUGCCAGUGAGCGACGAUGUGAUUCAAAUCUUCUGGAACGACACAAGCUCGGGGCAGGUGCCUAUCGCACUGAGGGGUGUUGCUCCAUCAAGCCCUCCUCCAUUUAUUCCAGCAACACAACUUACUCCAGCCACCGGAUCUAACCCGGGAGACGCCAGCAGUGCUUCGUAG